GUGAAAUUCAACCGCUGCAGAUCCACAGAAACCUCCUCAUCGUUCGCAGCAGCAUACACUCGCUACGGCCGCACAGGUUCGUUUCGGCCGCACAGGUUCGUUUCUCUUCAGCACCACAGCGAUGAUGGACCCAGGCAAACGUCAAUACAGGACGCAACCAUUGUAAUGCGAGCAAGGCAAGCACGAGCAGGUAUAGCAUAGCUGUCACUAUGGCAACGAGCGCUGUUCCCAGCGACAAUCUCCCCACGUAUAAGCUGGUCGUGGUGGGGGAUGGGGGAGUGGGGAAGAGUGCUCUCACCAUUCAGUUCUUUCAGAAGAUCUUUGUCCCUGAUUACGACCCCACCAUCGAGGACUCCUACCUCAAACACACUGAGAUUGAUGCCCAGUGGGCCAUAUUGGACGUUCUGGAUACAGCAGGCCAAGAGGAGUUCAGUGCUAUGAGGGAACAGUACAUGAGGACUGGGGACGGGUUCCUCAUCGUGUUCUCUGUCACAGACAAGGCCAGCUUUGAACAUGUGGACCGCUUCCAUCAACUCAUCCUCAGGGUGAAGGACCGGGAAUCCUUUCCUAUGGUUCUUGUGGCCAACAAAGUGGACCUGCUGCAUUUACGUAAAAUACCCAGUGAUCAGGGGAGGGAGAUGGCUAGUAAACACAGUAUAGCUUACAUUGAAACAAGUGCUAAGGACCCAGCCAUGAAUGUUGACAAGGCGUUCCACGAGUUAGUUAGGGUAAUCAGGCAACAGAUUCCAGAGAGGAGCCAGAAGAAGAAGAGGAAAGCCAAGUGGCGGGCCGACAGGUCCACUGUGUCCCACAGACUGCACUGUGUUGUCCUAUGAUGGCUUUUACUUGUACAGCUGCUCCCUACAGGACAGCGGGAAGAUGAUUAAUUUAGGAGUGUUUACUCUCUACCCAGAGUGCCAGGAGGCAGUUUGUGCCCUCUACCCUGGCACAUGAGUUAGGUAGUAGGGAGUUGCCCAGACAUGGGAUGUGACUGACUCGCCCUAAAAGGACCAGUGCAACAAUUUACAGCUCUUCUGGGGAUGUGCACUAACUUACUCAACAACAUGGAGAUAUUUUAUUUAUCUUUAUUUAACUGGGCAAGUCAGUUAAGAAUAAAUUCUUAUUUUCAAUGACAGCCUAGGAACAGUGGGUUAAUUGCCUUGUUCAGGGGCAGAACGACAGAUUUGUACCUUGUCAGCUCAGGGAUGCGAACUUGCAACCUUGCGGUUACUAGUCCAAUGCUCUAACUACUAGGCUACGCUGCCGCCGCAAAGUGGCAUCACUUUAGCAUGACUGCUUUUAUCUACCAAUGAAGCUCUUUGACUGAGAAACUUGACAUAUGUGCUCACAAAGUAAAUCUGUAAAUAAUUAGACAUACUGUACAUUUUACUAAGAGGUAGGCCUUUAAACAUUGUUUUACUAAGAGGUAGACAUUUAAACAUUGUUUUACUAAGAAGUAGGCCUUUAAAACUUGGUCCAUGUUUUCAUUAAGAUGGAGGCCAUUGAGUAAAGCACUGGAAGGAGGGAGGAAACAGAGAGCUUUCCCCAGCAAGGGGGAGUAUAGUAGAGAGGGGAGUGAGAGGAGGGGAGAGGAUGUGUCUGUUUGUUUUGGAAUCAGUGGGCCUGUCAGACAACAGAGAGAAGAAGGGAAAGUGAGGAAAGAGAUACAGAGAGAGAAAGAGAUAUUCCAAAUGCAUAGCAGCUGGCAAAGGGACUCCAGACAUUGUGUCAAAGCCUGGGAGGCAGCCAAUGUGUAGCCCCAUAACUUAUACAGGGAGAAUGUCUUUAUAACCUCCGAACAAGACUGUUAUAUAACUGCAUUGAAGUUUAUUGAAUGCACCAAAUGUCUUAUUUGAAUGUACAUUUAUGAACCAUUACCAUUUUGACUUAUCAGUGCUCACUGGAUGUACUUGUGUACUUCUCAAAAUGCUUCAAACACACUAUUGUGGUGUGUGUGUUUGUGUGUGCGUCAUGAGUUCCCCGGAUAUGUUGUGGCCUAGACGAUGAAAUCUUAUUUUCACAUCUGAAUAUUAGUUUGCUUUGCUACUAUUUCAUUAUUUAUUUUAUAUAAGUAAUUUAUAGCUGUGUUAUCAUUAGUAGAAGGCUACUCCAGAGAGGCACAAAGCACAGAGCUUAACUAAGAAAUUGAAGGAACAAAACAUUUGUAAGCAAAGUAAUAAAUGUGUGUUAAUACAUUUUGUGUUCUAUUAUAUGUGUACACAUCUUGGGUAAAAUGGUUUGUCUGGAUAAAACCAUAAUUAUGACACAGAA